GGUCUAAAACAAGUAUAUAAACAGCCUUAACCCCAACACUUAAAUCACAAGUUCCUUAAACAAUCUAUUGCUCUUUCAACUACUAGCUAGGUUACACUUCAUUUCUGUACGUGUUAAUUCUCCUAUCUUUCUCCUUUCUGCUUUCUCGAGGGAAGAUGAGCAGACCAGGAGAUUGGAAUUGCAGGUCAUGCCAGCACUUGAACUUUCAAAGGAGGGACUCAUGCCAGCGUUGCGGUGAUCCAAGGCCCGGAGAGAGAGAUCACUAUGGAAGUUUCGGUGGAAGAUCAUCAGGGGGCUCAUUCGGAUUUACGGGCCCUGAUGUUAGGCCUGGUGAUUGGUAUUGCACGGCUGGCAAUUGUGGAGCUCACAACUUUGCUAGUCGUUCAAGCUGCUUCAAGUGUGGUGUGUCCAAGGAUGAAUCCUCUGGUGGUGGACUUGAUGCUGACAUGUCACGGAUGAGAGGUUAUGGCUUCGGCGGAGGCGGAGGCGGAGGCAGUGGCUCUAGCCGUAAUUGGAAAUCCGGAGACUGGAUUUGCACCAGGUCCGGUUGCAACGAGCACAACUUUGCUAGCAGGACUGAAUGCUAUAGAUGCAAUGCACCAAGAGAAUCUAGCAGCAACAAGUCUUCGUAUUAAUCAUCGAUAUCGAUAGCAUUUUUGUGUCCUGCAGUGCUGCAAGGAGGGAAUUAACGAAGAAGGCUCAUGAGAAAUCUUGGAUUCAUCUUUUUGCUCUUAAUUACUUCUAUUUUUGUUCUUUUGGAUAGCUGUACUCUUAAGCUGAGAAGCUUUAGAAGGAUCAUGGGAGUGAAAUUAAGUUCAAGGAGAGCUAUAUAUAUAUCAUUAGCCAGUAAUUUGUCAGGUUCCCUAAAUAUAGACAUGUAGUUCUGUACUUGGUAUCAAUGUCUUUGUGUUUUGAGACAGGUUUAAGCCCUUGUCGUUCAGUCUAAGGUGUGCUUGAUUUAACUAAAUUAAUUAUGAAAUCCCUCUCCUUGUGAAUAGAGUUAUAA